GUUAUGAACCCCUCCUUGGCAGAUAAGACGAUGACGGAGGAGGAUAAAGAAGGCGGAAGUCCCUGGCCACCAGUCCGCGUCCCCUUGCCGUCAGGCCCAAGGGAGCUGCUGCGAAGCUUCCCCCACUCCAAGCGUGUGGGCUCCUACCUGGUGGGCAAGAUGAUCAACAAGGGCUCCUUCGCCAAGGUGAUGGAGGGCCUCCACCUCGGCACCGGAGAGAAGGUGGCCAUGAAGGUGAUUGACAAGAAAAAAGCCCGCCUGGACUCUUAUGUGCAAAAGAACAUGAAGAGAGAACCUCACAUCCAUCAAAUGAUCCGACAUCCUCACAUCGUCGUCCUGCUGGAGACUCUGGAGACUGAGAACAGCUUCUACAUGGUGAUGGAGCUUUGCGCCGGGGGGGACCUGAUGGACCACAUCUGCGAGAGAAAGAGGCUGCAGGAAAGGGAGGUGCGCCGCUACGCCCGGCAGAUUCUCUCAGCGGUGGAUCACCUGCACAAGCACGGCAUCGUGCACAGAGAUUUGAAGAUUGAGAACUUCCUGCUCGACGACCGUAACAACAUCAAAAUAGUCGACUUUGGCCUGAGCAACACCCUGAAGGCGGAGUCUUUGCCUCCUGAGCUUCUCACCACGCAGUGCGGAAGCCCCGCUUACGCCGCCCCCGAGCUGCUUGCCCACAGGAAGUACGGACCCAAGGUGGACGUUUGGUCCAUAGGCGUGAGUAUAUUCGCCAUGUUGACAGGGACGCUGCCCUUCACCGUGGAGCCGUUCAACAUCAAACAUCUGCACCAGAAGAUGAUCAAUGGCGACAUCGGCAGCAUCCCCAGCGACGUCAGCAAAGGCGCCGUAACGUUUGUGAUGUAUCUCCUGGAGCCGGACCCGGAGAAGAGACCCAGCGUCCGAGCGGCCAUGCAGAGGAGAUGGAUCAAUGAGGGUUACGCCAAGAGGCCACUACACACACGCUCACACAAUAACAGGUUGCAGGCGGAGGAUCUCGACGCAUCUGUGCUGGCGCACAUGACUGACACGCUGGGUUACUCGCUUUUGGAAACGACGCACACGCUCACCGCCAACCGACCCUCCGCCAUCAUGGCCUCCUAUCACCUCUUGCUUGCCAAACACAAGAGGAGCCUGGAAGUGGCGAAGAUCAACAAGGGUGACAGCUCCAAGCCGCCAAUCAGACGUCCAAAGGCUCGCCAAGUGGCGGAAAAGCGGCGUGUAAGGAUAAGAGCAGAGCAAGAAGACGAUGAGAAAUGCCCCCCGUUGUCCUCUCUGCCCCCUCUGAUCCCCACCGCCUCCCAGGAAGCCAAUGAUGAGGACACGGCUGCCAUUUUGGACACCAGAGAGACUCUGCUUUUUGACGACAAGGAAGACUCUGCCCCUUCACCCGCCGAGCCAACCAGAGACUGCGGCCCAUCAAGAGAAAUCCGUCGUACGAACGGCGGCGGUGAGCGUACCGCAGUUCAGGGCCUCAUCUGGUUGAACACGGUGGAGGAGAGCGCCGCUUCUCCGGAAAUGCACAGAGCCCCGCCCACCACGCUGCCCCACCUCCGCCACCAAGCGCUGAAGGAAGGACGAGGCAGGAAGGUAGUAUGGGUCUCUGGCGCCACUGGACUCCAGGUGAGCGGCUCCAAAACCCUUCCCUCGCCGAGACACCCUCAGGCGGGGAGGGGCGUGAGGGGGGAGACGGCGGCGGUCGGGUCCAAAAGGAACUCUGUCCAAUCACGCUCGACUCUGUGCCGCUGUGCCGCUAACGCCAAUCUGCCGCUACUUCCUGCCGCACUGCAGAGGAAGACAGACAGGAAGAUGCAAAGCAUAAACUAUUGACGCUAACGGUCACGUGAAUGGGACGAAGACACCUUAAAGGACGCGUAAAAAAUGGUUAGCAAACAAACAAUAAGUGAGUUUACAGUGGGCUGAAAAAUGAAGGUAAUGUGCUAAUUAGUGCUUUACAUUUGAAGUCAGCAGCGGGACAACAUUUCUUGAGAGGCGCUAACUGCACGUUUACUGAAUCGCAAAAGCACGUUACAGUAUCAUGACUCACUGGCGCCCCCAGAAACCACCAGCGGUAUUACAAUGCAACACUUGACAUACUGUAUAUAUUUUGUUAUACUAUAAUUAUCACCAAUUUUUUCAAAAGUUGGGGUGCCAAAUGCAAUCAUAUAAUGAAAAAAAUUGAAUACUG